GUUGUGGCCCUUGCUUGUGUACCUCAUGGCAGCAGGGGGGAGAACUGCGGUAUAUAAUUGCUGGAUAUGCCCAAGGUAUGUUGACAAAAAUAUUUUUUUUUAAGCUGUGAACGGUCACCUGCUAUUUUGAUAAGAAAAUAUAAAACUCUAAAUGUCUUAAGCUUUAUACAUUGAACAAAUACUUCCUCACUGGCUUCUUUUGUGUUGGGAUGCUUGUGCCAAAGCUGUUGGGAUGCUUGUGUCAAAGCUGUUGGGAUGCUUGUGUCAAAGCUGUUGGGAUGCUUGUGCCAAAGCUGUUGGGAUGCUUGUGUCAAAGCUGUUGGGAUGCUUGUGUCAAAGAUGUUGGGAUGCUUGUGUCAAAGCUGUUGGGAUGCUUGUGUCAAAGCUGUUGGGAUGCUUGUGUCAAAGCUGUUGGGAUGCUUGUGUCAAAGCUGUUGGGAUGCUUGUGUCAAAGAUGUUGGGAUGCUUGUGCCAAAGCUGUUGGGAUGCUUGUGUCAAAGAUGUUGGGAUGCUUGUGUCAAAGAUGUUGGGAUGCUUGUGUCAAAGCUGUUGGGAUGCGUGUGUCAACACUGUGGGAUGCUUGUGUCAAAGCUGUUGGGAUGCUUGUGUCAAAGCUGUUGGGAUGCUUCAGUCAGAGCUGUUGGGAUGCUUCAGACAGAGCUGUUGGGAUGCUUCAGCCAGAGCUGUUGGGUUGCUUCAGUCAGAGCCGUUGGGAUGAUUCAGUCAGAACUGUUUGGAUGCUUCAGCCAGACCUGUUGGGAUGAUUGUGACAGAGCUGUUUGGAUGCUUCAGUCAGAGCUGUUGCUAUGAUUGUGACAGAGCAGUUGGGAUGCUUCAGUCAGAACUGUUGGGAUGAUUGUGACAGAGCUGUUUGGAUGCUUCAGUCAGAGCUGUUGCUAUGAUUGUGACAGAGCAGUUGGGAUGCUUCAGUCAGAACUGUUGGGAUGCUUCAGUCAGAGCUGUUGCUAUGAUUGUGACAGAGCAGUUGGGAUGCUUCAGUCAGAACUGUUGGGAUGCUUCAGUCAGAGCUGUUGCUAUGAUUGUGACAGAGCAGUUGGGAUGCUUCAGUCAGAACUGUUGGGAUGCUUCAGUCAGAGCUGUUGGGAUGAUUCUGUCAGAGUUGUUGGGAUGAUUUUGACAGAGCUGUUGGGAUGAUUGUGUCAGAGUUGUUGCUAUGAUUGUGACAGAGCUUUUGGGAUGAUUGUGUCAGAGUUGUUGCUAUGAUUGUGACAGAGCUUUUGGGAUGAUUGUGUCAGAGCUGUUGGGAUGAUUGUGAUAUAUUUGUUGGGAUGAUUGUGUCAGAGCUGUUUGAAUGCUUCAGUCAGAGCUGUUGGUUCCAUUCUGCAUCCUGUUAUACAUUGUAUAUGCAUUUCAUUGGAGAAUCUUUAUAUAGAUUGUAUUUAUUUGCCUUGUGUAGUCUGAUAAAGAUUGAAGAACGUGGCUGUAGUUUGUAUGUUUAUUUCAGGUGUAGUCCCAUGAUAAGCAACCCUGCUACAUUUUUUAACUGUACAACCCUGCUUCAGAUUGUGUUGUUGUCAACCCUGCUACAGAUUGUGUUGUUGUCAACCCUGCUACAGAGUGUGUCUGUUGUCAACCCUGCUACAGAUUGUGUUGUUGUCAACCCUGCUUCAGAUUGUGUUGUUGUCAACCCUGCUACUGAUUGUGCUUGUUGUCAACCCUGCUACAGAUUGUGUUGUUGUCAACCCUGCUACAGAGUGUGUCUGUUAUUAACCCUGCUACAGAGUGUGUCUGUUGUCAACCCUGCUACAGAUUGUGUUGUUGUCAACCCUGCUACAGAUUGUGUUGUUGUCAACCCUGCUACAGAUUGUGUUGUUGUCAACCCUGCUACAGAUUGUGUUGUUGUCAACCCUGCUACAGAUUGUGUUGUUGUCAACCCUGCUACUGAUUGUGCUUGUUGUCAACCCUGCUACAGAUUGUGUUGUUGUCAACCCUGCUACAGAGUGUGUCUGUUGUCAACCCUGCUACAGAUUGUGUUGUUGUCAACCCUGCUACAGAUUGUGUUGUUGUCAACCCUGCUACAGAUUGUGUUGUUGUCAACCUUGCUACAGAGUGUGUCUGUUGUCAACCCUGCUACAGAUUGUGUUGUUGUCAACCCUGCUUCAGAUUGUGUUGUUGUCAACCCUGCUACUGAUUGUGCUUGUUGUCAACCCUGCUACAGAUUGUGUUGUUGUCAACCUUGCUACAGAUUGUGUUGUUGUCAACCCUGCUACAGAUUGUGUUGUUGUCAGCCCUGCUACAGAUUGUGUUGUUGUCAACCCUGCUACAGAGUGUGUCUGUUGUCAACCCUGCUACAGAGUGUGUCUGUUGUCAACCCUGCUACAGAUUGUGUUGUUGUCAACCCUGCUACAGAUUGUGUUGUUGUCAACCCUGCUACAGAUUGUGUUGUUGUCAACCCUGCUACAGAGUGUGUCUGUUGUCAACCCUGCUACAGAGUGUGUCUGUUGUCAACCCUGCUACAGAUUGUGUUGUUGUCAACCCUACUACAGAUUGUGUUGUUGUCAACCCUGCUACAGAUUGUAUUGUUGUCAACCCUGCUACAGAUUGUGUUGUUGUCAACCCUGCUACAGAGUGUGUCUGUUGUCAACCCUGCUACAGAUUGUGCUUGUUGUCAACCCUGCUACAGAUUGUGUUGUUGUCAACCCUGCUACAGAUUGUGCUUGUUUUUUUCAGGCUGCACCCUCCUGUGGGAUCUCCUGUCCAGCUCUCCUCUCAUCAGAGUGAACUCCUCCACACUUAGACCCAUGCAGUGCUUUAGAUAUAAUACUGAUUCAAUCUUAGCCUGUACCUGGAAUCCCAGAUCACCCACGAUCUUCCUCACAUCUUCAUUUGAUGGUUGUUCCUGCCAAUGGGAUACAAGGAUACAAUCAAUGCCAAUAGGUGGGUAGUUCCUGUCUAUAGAUACAAUCAAUGCCAUAAUGUUGGGUAGUUCCUGUCAAUAGAUACAAUCAAUGCCAAAAUUUUAUGUAGUUCCUGUCAAAGAUACAAUCAAUGCCAAAAUGUGGAGUAGGUCCUGUCAAUAGAUACAAUCAAUGCCAACAUGUGGGGUAGGUCCUGUCAAUAGAUACAAUCAAUGCCAACAUGUGGGGUAGGUCCUGUCAAUAGAUACAAUCAAUGCCAUAAUGUUGGAUAUUUCCUGUCAAUAGAUACAAUCAAUGCCAAAAUGUUGGGUAGGUCCUGUCAAUAGAUACAAUCAAUGCCAAAAUGUUGGGUAGGUCCUGUCAAUAGAUACAAUCAAUGCCAAUAUGUUGGUAGGUCCUGUCAAUAGAUACAAUCAAUGCCAAUAUGGUGGAUAUUUCCUGUUAAUAGAUACAGUCAAUGCCUUAAUGUUGAGUAGGUCUUGUCAAUAGAUACAAUCAAUGCCAUAAUGUUGGUUAGGUCCUGUCAAUAGAUACAAUCAAUGCCAAAAUGUUGGGUAGGUCCUGUCAAUAGAUACAAUCAAUGUCAAAAUGUUUGGUAGGUUCUGUUAAUAGAUACAGUCAAUGCCAAUAUGUGGGGUAGGUCCUGUUAAUAGAUACAGUCAACGCCAAUAGACUGGUGGUGUAUCAUAAUAUUGAAAGUGGCACUGCAGGUUUUUUAUAGUGAAGGUGUUGUAUAAAUCCACUUUGUAUAAAUCAGUGGUGAAAAAACAAGCAUAAUCUGUAGCAGGGUUGUCUGAGUUGUACAAGUCUGAGUUGUACAAUUCUUUGUUUCACAACCUGUAAUAAUCAUCAACCAUGAGAUUGUGUGUGGAGGGGGGGGGGGCACGUAUCAUGUUUCCAACUUUGUGACCCUUGAAUGAAUGCAGCCACUACCAACUGGUCCAAUUGAUCUUGUUGUUAUUUUCAGCAUUGUCUGAGUUUUACAAGUCUGAGUUGUACAAUUCUUUGUUUCACAACCUGUAAUAAUCCUCAACCAUGAGAUUGUGUGUGGAGGGGGGGGGGGGCACGUAUCAUGUUUCCAACUUUGUGACCCUUGAAUGAAUGCAGCCACUACCAACUGGUCCAAUUGAUCUUGUUGUUAUUUCCAGCCAUCUUUAAGCAGCCGCACAAGUUUUUUAUUCAACAUUCAUUGUGUUGGGCCGGACCUCUCAUCAAUGG